GUGACACUAAAAAAUUACACCGCCUCUCUUUUCUUUUAUUUUCAUUUUUCCUUCUUGCGGUGUCUCCUGUUGCUCAUCUGUGUAAAAACACAACGGAGUUUCGAGAGAGAGAGAGAGAUGGGGGGCGGGAGUGUAACAGGGAGAGCCGUAGAAGCACUGACCGCAUACAGAGUGCUGCUGAGAGCGACUCGGAGGACGUUCGCCGGCGACUCGCUGAUGCUGACCCAGUCGGCGGCGGAGGUAAGGAAGAAGUUUGAAGAGAACCGUGGCGUGACCUCCGAGACGGAGAUUCAGAGACUCCUCGAGGAGGCUCGCGAGGCCUCCCAUUUCAUAUCCAACAUGAUCGUUCAGGCCAAGCUCAACUCUCGUGGUGGUUACGAAGUGAAGCCGGGUCAAGAGCAUGUAGGAGCAACACUUGAGGUUCCUUCCGAAGAGAUCAUUAGAGAGUCUGGGUAAAGGGGAGGAAGUAUGGAUGGUAAUGCAAGAGGUGCUAGGCCAUGGGGGUUGCUUGUUUUGUGAUGGAUGGACCGUCAAUCCUGGUGAUGUUCCAACUUCUGCAGAUUUUUCCUUUGAAAUCUAUCCUUUGUCUUUCAUCUAAUUCACAGUUUUUCUAAUUGUUGAGAAAAUUUACGUGGCGAUAAUGAUUGUUGUCAUAAUAUGUUCUAUUGCAAAUCAAGAAUUAGCUUUAA